AUGGCUCAGAUUCAAGUGCAGCAUCAGAGUCCGGCGAUGGGAGCCAACGGAUUGGCAGCAGCGCCGAGUGCCGGCGGCGUGGCAGCCGCCGCCGCCACUGCCGCGGUUGUGGCUCCCGGUGGCGUCGUCGGCAAUCAGUUCCUGUCGACUUCGCUUUACGUUGGUGACCUGGACCCCAACGUGUCGGACUCGCAGCUCUACGAUCUGUUCAACCAGGUCGGACAGGUUGUGUCAGUUAGGGUUUGUCGCGACAUGAGCACGCGCCGUUCCCUCGGCUAUGGAUACGUCAACUAUACCAACCCUCAGGAUGCUGCAAGGGCAAUGGAGAUGUUGAACUUCACUUCUAUGAAUAAUAAGUCUAUUAGGAUCAUGUAUUCUCAUCGUGAUCCUAGUCUCCGUAAGAGUGGAACUGCUAAUAUAUUUAUUAAGAAUUUGGACAAAUCAAUUGACAACAAAGCCUUACAUGACACCUUUUCUAGUUUUGGUAACAUUCUUUCAUGCAAAAUAGCUACUGAUUCUAAUGGGCAGUCUAAAGGCUAUGGUUUUGUACAAUUUGUCAAUGAAGAGUCGGCUCAAAAUGCUAUUGACAAGUUAAAUGGAAUGCUCAUGAAUGACAAGCAAGUAUAUGUUGGACAUUUUCUUCGUAAACAAGAAAGAGAGCCUGCAAUAAGCAAGAUAAAAUUCAACAAUGUUUAUGUGAAGAACCUAUCAGAAUCCACCACAGAUGAUGAUCUGAAGAAAGUUUUUGGCGAGUUUGGGAAUAUUACUAGUUCAGUAGUUAUGAGAGAUGCUGAUGGAAAGUCCAAAUGUUUUGGGUUUGUUAAUUUUGAGAAUGCAGAUGAUGCUGCUAAGGCUGUUGAUGCGUUAAAUGGGAAGAGAUUUGAUGAUAAAGAGUGGUAUGUUGGGAAAGCUCAAAAAAAAUCUGAAAGGGAACAAGAACUAAAAAGUAAGUUUGAGCAGGUUGCAAAGGAAACAGUCGAUAAAUAUCAAGGAUUAAAUUUGUAUGUAAAAAAUUUGGAUGAUAGUAUUGAUGAUGACAAGCUUAAGGAGCUGUUCGCAGAGUAUGGUACCAUUAAAUCAUGCAAGGUUAUGCGUGAUGCAAGUGGAAUUAGCAGAGGGUCAGGUUUUGUUGCCUUCUCAGCUCCAGAGGAAGCCUCUAGAGCUCUUUCUGAGAUGAUUGGAAAAAUGGUAGUGAGCAAACCACUCUAUGUUGCACUUGCUCAACGGAAAGAGGAGAGGCGAGCAAGGUUGCAGGCACAGUUUUCUCAGAUGCGACCAGUUGCAAUGGCACCCUCUCUUGGUCCUCGUAUGCCUAUGUAUCCUCCUGGAGCACCAGGUAUUGGGCAGCAGCUCUUCUAUGGGUCAGCUCCACCUGCCAUAAUUCCUCCCCAGGCUGGAUUUGGCUACCAACAACAGCUUGUUCCUGGAAUGCGUCCCGGGGGAGGUCCUAUGCCAAAUUUCUUUGUGCCAAUGGUCCAGCAGGGUCAACAAGCCCAACGUCAAGGUGGCAGGCGUGGAGCAGGACCUGGCCAACAAGCUCAGCAGCCUAUGCCAUUGAUGCAACAGCAGAUGCUUCCAAGGGGUAGAAUGUACCGGUUUCCACCUGGCCGCAAUGUACCAGAGGUUCCUGUGCCUGGUGUGGCUGGUGGUAUGCUUUCUGUUCCAUAUGAUAUGGGUGGAAUCCUUCCUCGAGAUGCUACUAUGGGACAGCCGGUGCCAAUUACAGCACUUGCUAGUGCCCUUGCUAACGCACCACCUGAACAACAGAGAACUAUGUUAGGUGAAAAUCUGUACCCGCUUGUUGAUCAGUUGGAGCAUGAGCAUGCUGCAAAAGUGACUGGCAUGCUGCUCGAGAUGGACCAGACCGAGGUUUUGCAUCUACUCGAAUCACCAGAGGCUUUAAAGUCCAAAGUUGCCGAGGCUAUGGAUGUUUUGAGGAACGUUCAGCAGCAGGCAAGCAGCCCUGCUGAUCAACUCGCCUCUCUUUCUCUCAACGAAAACCUUGUUUCCUAGAGUGCAGUCAGUCCAAGUAAUGAAUGCCUAAUGUUUAGAUUAUCUCCUUCCUUUUAGUUCAGCUGGUAGUUUAGUAGUUUCAGUAAUUAUUAUGGGAUAUUUCUUAGGUUUUUGAAUGAGAUUCGAUAUCCUCUAUCGCAUUAGGAGAGUUUAUUUAGAUAAUAUAUUAUUUUAUGCCUCA